GAGUCAUUUUCGCUAGCUGCAAAUAAAAGAGAAAAAAAGGGGGAAAGAGAGAACUGGGGCUAGGCUCGCUUAUAAUAUAAAGUUAUUAGUAAAAGGAGGAAAGGGGAAAAAAGAGGAUAUUGAGGAAUAAAAAUGUGCGUCUUCCUAGUUUCGAACUCAGGUCCACCAAGCCCCGAGAGCCUUCACCAGCAAACAUGAACCGUAGAACCUGCGUGUCUCUUGAUUAGGAAUUCCAUUUAACCAGUUUUAAAGAAUUAAGAGGACCUGACCUAUUUGUAUUUCAUCCUGCCUGCUUCAACGCUGUAAAGAAGAGUUAAAGAGUGCUACUAGGGUUUAACGAAUUGCGGAGGCAAAAAUGGGAGGGAAAGGGAAGAAGAGAAGAGAGAAGAAUUACAGAGCAGCUCAUGGAGGCACUACUAAACUUCCUCCCCCACCCACCACUACUUCCAUAGAUGCUAUUCCCACGAAGCUUCGUCAAAUUAUGGGGUUUUCAGGGGAUGGGAAAGUUUCAUUGAAUAAUGCAGACAGGAAGAAAGGAGAUGGUGGUGGCAGUGCUAAUGGGAAGAAACUAAGUUCAGAAGAUCAAGUUCAAGCUAAAAAUGUGGGUCACAAGAGGAAAGAUGGCAUGCACAGUUUGAGUGGUGUUGGAGCAGCAGAAGGUAAUGCACAUCAGAAGAGAAAUAAAAAUAGAAAAAGGAAAGAAGUGAAGGAUCUUCGGUUUGACACGACUGAGCUGGGCAUUACUAGUUCAAAGAGAAAGGAGCGAAAGAAACAGCGUUUGGCCGAAAUGAAAAAGAAACACAAAAAGGCCAAUACUGAUGAAAACAUGGAUUUUCCUGGCCGUGAAGAAAUCAAAUUUGGUGAAGUCGUUGAAGCUCCACCUAAGCUUGUUGCAGUUCCAAAGGCAUUCAAGAAUAAUGCACUUGAUGCUUCAAAAGAAAGACUUCGAUUGCAAGCAGUUGAGGCCUAUAGGCAGCGGAAAGGAUGGACAUCAAGACUGGGGAUUCAGAUUUCCCCACCAGUCACAGAGUCUCCAUUGGUAUAGUAGUUACCCCAGUGACAGCUAGCUGGAUGAGUUACAGACCUGAUGCCCUGCAAAAGAUCUACACUCUGCACCAUAUAAUGUCCGAAGUAGAAGUGAGGAAAUACCUGUCACAGGAAAAGUCAAAAGAAAAAAAUAAGGGAGAAGUGGAGAGUAUCGAUUUAAUUAUACAGUAUAUGGGUCUUUCUUGUAGUUUAUUAGCAUCAAUGUCGCCGGAGGAAUGUACAUGGAUGUAUUAUAGAUGCUAAUUCACUUUAUUCAGGUUAGCACUGCAUUACCUAUAUUGUCAACCGGGCUGUGUUUAUUUUCAUCAUCUUUUGUAUCUUUAUAUGAGUUCCUUUUGCUGAAUCCAA